GUAUAAUUCAGAAUUCGGGUAAAUAUAUGUAAAUAAUAACAUUCCGACAAAAAUAUGGAGUUCUAAUUUUUAUCAUUUUACUGCAGACAUUCAACAGAUCUUUCUAUUUAGUUUAGAUUGUUUUAAUUGAUAUUGAAGAAGAGAAUGAGCUUUGCCUUUUUGAUGAAAACAGUCAGACUAGCCAAAGUUAAGAUAAGAAAAGGAAGAGCCAGAGAGACUAAAGUACCCAAUUUUAGUGAUUAAAUUGCGAACCCCACCAAAUAGACCCUGAGAGACCUUGAUAGAGUUUCUUAAGAAAGGAAGUUCAUGGCCUUCCACUUGGUUUGGGGAAAUAUGGCAUGUGUAGAAGAAAGAUAUUUAACCAUCAAAACUACCAUUUUAAACUCCUGUAAAUUUCUUCUAAGAGACGAAUCACUUCUUUAACUGAAAUUCCGGUUAUUUCAAAUUCUCAGUCAGAUCUAUGUGAAUUGGAUAAAUCAAUAGCAAGUAAGAAAAGAGAUUACAAAUCAUAAAACAGAAGAAAAAGUCAAAUUCAAACAAAUCGAAGAGAGAUUGCAAAGACAAGAAGAUGAAUAAGAAGCCAGUUAUUAAACCCAGCUAAGGAAUGAUUUCUAUCUCCAUACUUGCUACCAUCCAAGAAGACUUUAAGACUCCUGCAAUGUUAAUCGAAAUAUUUAUGCUGAGAUUUCUUUCCUUCAAAAGUGUUUCUUUUCUUGCAUUCAAGAUCUUCUUCAUUUUUCUUGGAACCCAUCUGGAUCUAAUGAGUUGCUUAUGGAAGUUAAUUAAAACAAAGAGAAUACAUAGAUUUCCGAGAAAAUAUUGUCAGAUACUUGCUUCUGCCAAUUGGAAGGCAGAUAGCGUUCACCAUCACACUUCUCAAUGAUGAACUUCAUCUAAUCAUCUGAUCUUAAGCUUGCAAUGUAGGAUACACUACAGAAAUUCAGGUUUUAUACUUACAGAACCUAUAUUGCUACUCAAAAGAACUCUCAACCAAAAAUUAAAACCUUUUGUUCACAAAAUCAGAUAUCACUGAUGAAUUCCAUGGAUGCCUUCUUUUGAAAAGUAAGAUAUAUCCUCCCUCCACAGUCAGUAGUCUCUAAAUCUCAGAAUUCAACUGUGCCUUUGUUCCUCCUGAUUUGGGAUAGCUUCUUUAAAUUUCAUCUAUAUGUGCUUUUGGUAACUUCCAAAGCAGGAGAGCUAAAUUUUACAAACUCCAAUGUCCUUUUAUAUAUAAUGAAAGCUAUCAGAAAUCAUUGAAAUAUAAAAAAUGCCAGUUUGUGAACCAAUUUCUGAAGGAAGAUUUCACCAGGUGAAGUUUAACACUACAGAUUAAAUUUUUGUAGAAUUAUAGAUCAGACGAUCAGCAUCUGAUGGUAAUAUUUUUGGAUCGAAGGAAAUAAGAAAGAGAAUGA